AUGGGAUGUCUUGAUGGCUGCUUGAAUCGUGCGGCUUUGGUGGAAUGCAUAGCAGGGUUUUGCAAGUGUGGAGAUCAGUGCGAUAAUAUGAGGAUACAGCGUGGUGUCAUGCCUUUAACUAAGCUUAUCGAUUGCGGGAACAAAGGUCUUGGAAUAAGGUUGCUAGAAGAUAUCAAAGCUGGUUCUUUUGUAAGCGAAUACAUGGGCGAGAUCGUGACAGAGCAGGAGUAUCACAUGCGACGAGUGCUUUACCAUAAUGAGAAACAUCGCUAUAUAAUGGUGUUAAGCGGCGGUGAAGUCAUCGAUGCUACGCGUAUGGGAGGCGAGGAGCUGACAUUUGAUUACAAGUUUGAGUCCUUUAGCAAAGCCGAAAUAACGGAGUGUCUUUGUGGAGCACCGAACUGCCGGAAGGUAAUCGGAGUAAAUAAUCGUGUGUCAAAAGGACUGAAAGCAAGGCCAUUUCAAGGUGCAAAGAAAGCAGAAGCUUUAAUGCAGCGAAUGGCACGGCAACGCCUUCUAAGCAGCAACGAUAUGCGUGUGUUACGUCGGUCACACGUGAUGUUACAACGAAACUUGACGUGGCACAUGGAAAAUGAUUUUGAUCAUUUGGCACUACUACCCUACUUUAUCAUGAAACACUCGUCCAUGAAACACGUACCGGAACUAAAGCAUCUUCAUUUUCACUUAAGCGUAAUCUUCCGAUUAGAAACGUGGUUAAUAGCCAUGGCAGGAUACGACCACGAAUCGAGUCUAAGCACGAGCAUAACACAGCGCAAUGACACUGGCAGGGUCACGUACGAUCCUAAUACAAAUCACGGGUGUCAGCCCAGCGCUGCAGAAGCGCGCGAGUUCCGCAAGCGGUGGCUUCUGCUGACAGAUCGUGAACGCAUAGCGGCACUGAGCGGAGAUGUGAAUCAGUUUUUGCAGACAGCAACCGAUCUGCUGCCGUGUCCUGGCUGUCGUAAGAAUGCGGAAACGCUAUUUUACAAGCUAGCAGACGGCAUCGUUCGAUUGCCACAGGCUGUCAGUAAAUCGGGUCUUUGCUUUAAUAAAGACAAUCGCUUCCGACUCAACGAAUCGUAUUUGAAUAGUCCGGACACGUCAUUCUUGCUUUUCUACCACCAAGAGCAAUGGACUAAUGAGGGGCUAACGAAACCAACGAAACCUAGCAGUAAAGCUGGUACAUCACGUGCAAGAUGUCAGCUGCACUCGCAGCGGGUGCGUGGUCGCCCGCGUCCUGCGGCAUUCGAGGCACUGUGGCUUAAGCUGCCGGAAGAUCACCAGCGACAUCUCUCUCAUAUUGACUCAGACCAGUUCCUGACCGACUUGGAAAACUAUUUGCGACGUCAUCGUUUUUGUUGCCGGUGCAAGGAAAAAGUAUUAGAAGCAUAUGAUUUGCUUAUUGAGUCGAGCUGUAGUGAGGACGAUUGCGAGGAUUGUGGGGGCUUUGCAUGCGUGGAGAAACAUCAUGAACAUAGCGAUUAUGGCGAUGAUUUACACUAUACGUCUUACUUAUUUGACGAGCUUGCAUUUUUUCGCGCUACAAACCAGAUCAUUGUGCCCUGUAAUAUUGAGUUUAUGUCGCAGUUGAUGUCCAGAGCAGAUCAGAAAAUUGUAGGUGAUUGGGGUGAUCGUCAUGCACGGACAAUCGCUGAAGCACAGGAUGAAGUAUUGAUAUGUCUAGGUAUGGUUAUUUGGGACAAGAUGCAGAGCGUAUGGACCAAGUCUCGAUCCGAGAAGCGGUCAGAAGAACUGCUGGUGCAUUGCGCUGUGUCUACACUGCGCCGUAACUUUGAUGAGGCGGUGGAAGCAUUGCAUGGUGAGGAGAUGAUGGAACAGCUAUUAGCAGAAGAAGAUGAUGAGUCUAGGAGAUUGGCGAAGAAGAAAGAGAAGCGAAAGGAAAAGAAGAAAAAGCGCAAAACAGCAUCAAAACUGAAGCUAGCGUAUCGGUCAGAAUCAGAGAAAAGUCAUCAGUCUGAGAAGCAAAAGCUUAAGCAGACUAAAACGCGUAAGCAAUCUGAUAGCAGCAAGACCGUGGCAUCUCAAUCAUCUACCAAUUCACUUAGCAGUCAAGGUGACGACGACGAUCUCACGAGUUCCAGUAGAUCCACGGAUGCGACGGGAUCGCAUCAGUGUGACUCGAUUUGUGACGAGCCGUGUCAGGGUGGAGAUUUGACACAGGACGAGCGUACGGAAUGGCAAUUGCUAUCGUCUAUGGGAUGGAAUGCAUCGAACCAAAUUAUACCAUCCUUGCCGGAGUUGGACGUGGAUACGGAUGACGAGAAUCAUGGCAUUCCUGAAGACGACAUUCGUUUUUGGAAGCAGAAUCGUUCAAGUCUUGUUCGACGACGUAUGGCUCAACGGCAGAAACUGCAGGAACGUUUCGAUCAGUUUGUUUUGCGCACGACAUCUCUCGAUGGGUAG